AUGUCGUUUACACCUAUACCUGAAGCCAUUCAGGCAUUUAAGCAGGGUGAAUUUUUGAUCGUGAUGGACGAUGAGAGCCGUGAAAAUGAAGGUGAUUUAAUCAUGGCUGCUGAGCUUUGCACCCAGGAAAAAAUGGCGUUUUUGGUCCGCCAUCUGUCUGGAUACGUGUGUGCUCCGUUAUCUACUGAACGUGCUGACAAGCUCGAGUUGCACCCAAUGUUAAAAGACCAAACUGAUCGUCAUGGAACAGCUUAUACUGUCACCUGUGACUAUUCCCACGGAACCACCACGGGAAUUUCUGCUCACGAUAGGGCAUUGACGGUUCGUCUGUUGGCUAAUGCUGAAUCCAAAUCGGAAGACUUUAUAAAGCCAGGCCAUAUUCUUCCCUUGCGAGCGGUGCCAGGACUACUCAAAAAGAGAAGAGGCCAUACUGAAGCAGCGGUACAACUUACCGAGCUCGCAGAGCUCCAACCUGCGGCUGUAAUCUGUGAACUUGUAAGAGAUGAAGAUGGACUCAUGCAGAGAUUGCCCGACUGCCAAAAAUUUGCAAAGGAACACAAUCUCAAAAUCAUCACCAUAGAGCAGUUGGUGGAGUAUAUUAGCCGCUAG